AUGUCUAUCUCCCAAAAUUAUGUUCUCGAUCGGGUAUCUUAUACUAAACCACAAGAAUCAUCGCUUCUUCAUCGACUACGGAGCCGAUCUGAGCAAUUGGAUGAAAUUCAGAUGGCAGCAGAAAGUAUGGAUCAUCUGGCUGCCGGAAUCGAUACUACCGGCGACGCGCUCUGUUUUCUCAUGCAUGAGCUUUCAUUACCAAGGUCGAGCCAUAUACAAAAACGACUCUACGAAGAAAUCACUCUGAACCCCAAUGCUCGACUUGAUGAGCUGCCAUAUUUGGAUGCUGUCAUCAAGGAGGGACUCAGGCUAUUUCCACCGAUUCCUAUGAGUCUGCCGAGAUAUGUGCCACGAGGAGGCCGAACGAUUAGUGGAUAUACUCUACCUGAACGGUCAAUCGUCAGCUGCCAGGCAUGGUCAGUACAUCUAAUGGACCAGACAGUGUUCCCCAAUGCAUCGUCAUUCUUGCCCGAACGAUGGCUGGAAAAAGAAGGCGAGGCGGACCGAAAUCGACUGUUCUUUGCAUUUGCAGCAGGAGGGAGAGGCUGUAUUGGCAAAAAUCUGGCUUUGGUUGAGAUGAAAUUGCUUAUGCGGGAGCUAUACGGGAAGUUUACGACCAAAAUAGCCCCAGAAAUGACAAGUGACAUGUCAAUUGAUGAUCAGAUCAUCGCCUCUCGGCCCAAAGGCCAGAAGUGUCUUCUUUGUUUUGAGAAGGUGGAUGGUUGA